AUGACCAACUUCGACAUCAAGAUCGUGUCAGACACAGUGUGCCCCUGGUGUUACGUAGGAAAGAAGAGACUUGAGAAGGGCAUCGAACUCUACAAAGCCGCCCAUCCCGACUCCAACGACACAUUCUCCACGACAUGGUACCCGUUUUACCUGGUACCAGACGCCCCCAAACAGGGAAUCGACAAGCAGCAAUACUACCUUAGUAAGUUCGGCGCGGGCCGCACGCAGAUGAUGUUCCAGCGACUUGCGCAGCUUGGCCAGAGUGACGGCAUCGCCUUCAAGUUCGGCGGCAGGACAGGUAACACGCGCGACUCGCACCGCCUGAUUCAACUCGGCAAGACCAAGUCUCCAGCUGUACAGACGAGGGUCAUCGAGGAGCUGUUUGCGGCAUACUUUGAGAACGAGAAGGACAUCACUUCUCACGAGACUUUACUCGAGGCAGGCACCAAAGCCGGACUGGACGCGGCCGAAGUGAAGGCAUGGUUGGAGAGCGGGAAAGGAGGGCCUGAGGUCGAUCGAGAGGUGCAGGACGCCUACGAGCACUCCAUUUCCGGCGUGCCCAACUUCACGAUCCAGGAUCGAUUCGAGAUUGGCGGAGCGCAGGAGCCGUCAGCAUUCGUGCAGCUGUUUGAGCGGAUCAAGAAGCAGGAUGGGGGUUCUCUGAAGAGUCAGUCUGGCGAGACUUGCUGA